AUGGCUCAAACAGGUCUUACGGCUGUACCUCCCCGCAUGGGUGCCGCUGAUAUAGAGCAGAAACGACUAUUCGCUGCAGGAUCCCGCUCAUUUCGAGAAUUAUCAGUGUUAAUCGAUCAAGAUGGCACGAACUGGAAGUUCAAUCCGCCUGGAGCUCCACAUUUUGGAGGAAAAUGGGAAGCUGCUAUGAAAUCAAUUAAGUUUCAUCUUCGGCGCACAAUCGGAGACUCGCUGUUGACGCUAGAGCAGUAUUCAACGCUACUGGCUCAAAUUGAAGCCAUCUUGAAUUCCAGAUCGCUCACACCGCUGAAUGAAGAUCCUGCUGAGCUGGCAGUACUGACACUAGGUUAUUUCUUAAUCGGACAGUUACUCAACGCAGUUCCAGAGCCAUCGCUGAUAGAAGUACAACCCGCUCGGCUCUCGCAUUGGGAACAAGUCCAGCAAAUGGUCCAACAUUUCUGGAAACGCAAUUAUCAGGACUGCAUCCACCGCUACCAGGCCAUUUCGAAGUGGCAUCAUAAACGCAACGAGAUCAAAGUAGCUUCAGUUGUACUGAUCACCACUGAAGAUCUCCCGCCAACCAAGUGGCCAUUAGUCAGAGUCACCGCUCUCCAUCCAGGUGAAGAUGGACAAUUCCGCAUGGUAACUAUCAAGACAGUUAACACAGAGCUAGUACAUCCAAUUACAAAGCUCUGUGUCUUGCUGCUAACAUAUGAAGAAGACCAUCUUGUCGACGCAGCCGCUAACCCGGGGGAGAAUGUUCAGUGA